UCGGCAAGAAAUAGGAGAAAGAAACCAAAAGUUAUCAUCAAUGGAAGGCCCUUUGUUGACCGAGCGUGAACACAUCAUCAACAUCACAAACGAUCGUAGUUCCCCAUCAACAGAUGGUCAGCAACCACACGAGGUUGUUGAAUUGUGUGAUCCAUACACAAAUGAAAGCGUUUGGAAUUCAAUCGAGUUUGUUGUGACUUUGGCCCUGAUUGCUGCAGCCAUAAUUGUUCUGAUCCAGCCAAGAGAUGAAGAACACCCACAAAUAGUUUUGUUUAUAUGGAUCAUCGGUUAUACUUGUGGCUGUGUUGCCACUCUCCCUAUCCUAUGUUGGCGUUUUUGGCAUUAUAACCGAAGUGUUGGCCCCGAAUCUAUAGAAAAAUACUUAAGAGAGAAAAUAAUCAACAAGCGUAUGGACCACGUUAUGAUGUGUUUCUUCCUGGGUUGGUUUGUGGUGUUUUUAUGGAUUUGUACUGUUCAUGUAUACAUCUCAUCGGCUCUAGAUGAUACUACUACUCAAUACUUAUGGUUAUGUGUGGCUCUCCUUACUUUCAGUUGCAUUAGAUAUGUAUUUUAUAAUCUAACAAUGACAGUGGUCUGUUACACCACUCCUUUUCUCAUACUGACUCCUGUGGUCGUAUGUGUUCUCCUUGUUGUGGAAGUCUUAAAAGGCAUUGGAUCAUGCAUUAUAGAAUGCAUCUGUUAAUUCGUCAAAUCCGUCACACGUUACUGAUAAUCAAUAUCAAUCCUGCGACCUGCUUGUACUUCU